ACACAGAAACGAAGAUGGCGGACGAACUAGACCGAGUUCGGAUUUCAGCUGCGGAGCUGCGAGCUGAAGCGUCGACUUUGACCAACCAUCACGACGAUUGUCACAGAGAGGAGCGAGGAGAGGAGGGACGUGGCCAACGACAGCAGCGUCACCACGGCAACGACCCGUCAAAACGCCCUGACCUGCAGCGCUACACGCCCGGGGCUGGCCACGGCAACCGUCGCCAUGACAGCGAGGACGGCGGCGUAGUCAUCUCCCCUGGAGACCCGUUAGCCAUGACCUCUGACACUGAGGUGGAACUGGUGAUGUCACUGCCACAGGAGGAGGAAGAAGGACACAACAUGGCUGCCACUGAGACAGUUUCAACUGAACCUGGAUGUAUAGAUGGAGGGAUGGCGAAAGGAGGAGGAGAGAAAUGUGGAGGAGGUUUUACUUCAAACCGGGGUGGAUGCUCUCGAGCGCCUGCACAACAGAGGACUCGAAGAGGUGACCACCACACCACCAGAGCAGACAACAACAACAACAACAGUAGCAGCAGUAGUGCAAAGGGACCGUCAGGCUCAGCUAACCGACCACAGAACUCCAGACAGAGGGAUGAGGUGAGAGGGAAGAACCAGAGGGGUAGAGAGCCAGCAGGGCGUUCCCCUGGCUCUCCCAAGGCCACCAGGAAGACCCGUAAACCUGACCGAGAGAUCUACCAGCCUGGGGGUCGGAGGAGCACCACCACCACCCAGGGGGAAGAGGGAAGAGAGACAGAGAAACCUGCUCCUGGUCCCCCUGAUCCUGUCAGAGAGGAAAGCCAAGCCAGGAGGGAACCAGUCAUAUGGAGAGAGAAAGAGGAAGAAGGCAGAGGGGGUGAAGAGACGGGCAGAAGGCAGGGGAGGAGAGAAACAGGGAAAGCAGCCGUCUCAGACCAUGGAGUAGAGAACCUGACUGGGAAGAUACAGACACUCUGUGUGACUGCCCCACCUGAGAGAGAAGAGGAGGGGAAGAGAGGAGAGGGUGAGGAAGGAGUAGGCAGGAGGAGGAAGGCAAGCGGUGAGGGCAGGAGGAGCAGAGCUGGAGGUGGAGCCAAGGGACGAGUAGGAGGAGGAAAUGAAGGAUGCGAGAAGACUGAGGAGGAGAAGAAGAAGAGAGAGAGGGGAAACCGCAGGAACAGAGGAGGAGGGGAGAAAGGGGAGAAUCAGGACUCCAGGAGAAGAGGAGGAGAGGGUGAGCGAGGGAUGACCGAGAGAGACAGGAGAGCGUCGGAAGAAGAUGGAGAGAGGGAAGCGAACCGUCCUGCAGAUGCACAGCCAGCAAAGGGAAGAGAAAAACAGAGGGAUAGAGAUACUGAGAGAGACAACCAGAGAGGGAACAACAGACCCCAACCUCUACCCUCAGAUAUAAACAGAGAGAAGAAUGGAGAGAAAGACAGGAACGUAGAGAUGCAGAGAAACAGAGACAGGAGUGAGAGGUGCAGGUCUAACACUAACAACCACCACCACUCGUCAUCUUCCUCUAAGCACAACUCCAAGUCAAACAUCAGAAGACCCAGGAAUCGCACCUACAGCACCAGUUCUGCCAGUAGUGGCACCAGCCUGGACGGACUGGGACAAGGGGAGGAUCGGAGGGAGGACAGGGCCCGACGAGACCGACUGGGACACAGGGAGAGAGAGGGAGGAGGAGGUCAGCUACCGAACAGGAGGAGAAACACUAGAGACUCCUCAACAGACUCACUGGAGGAGAGGAGGAGAGAUGGAGGAGAGGAGUACUUGAGCCCCCUGUGGAGGAGAGGGGAGGAGGAGAGCAGAGGGGGAAGAGGACACAGAGGAGGAGGGAGAGGAGGGCUCCUGAAAGUGUCUCAGAGCGACAGACAGUCAGGUACCUCCCAUGCCACCUCAGGCCCCAGCGAUGACCCCCAGGGGCGCCUCAGGCAGGGCACUCUGCCUCGUGGUAAGGAGAGGGGCAUUCUCAUCCUCCCAGCCCACACUGACCUCUCCAAUUUGCCGACGGAGCCCGGGCCAAGGCUCCUGUUUGGUGGGAUUCGAGGAGGAAAAGAUGCGGGACUAGGGAGAGGAGGAAGGGGCGGAGGAACAAGGCGACUCUGGGAUCCCAACAACCCCGACCAGAAACCCGCUCUCCGGCUCUCCCAGCAUGCCUCUCUCCAGCAGCAGCAGCCCAUGUACCUGCAAACGGGCGGAGGUUACGGAGCGCUGCACUUCCUGGAUACGGACGAGGAGGCUGCAGGGAGUCCCCCGGUCCGCCAGGGGGAGCACUUCUACCCCCAGCAGGAGGCCGCAGCCAUGGCCUUCUACAAGUACCAGAACUCUGACAACCCUUACCCUUACAACGCCAACCCUAAUGCACGUUACCCGUACCCCUACCACACUAUGCCUACCACCCCCUACCAGAUGCACUCCUCCAACGGCAUUUACCCAGCCCAGUUUUACGGGGAGUAUAGGGGCCAGGGGUACCAGACCGGGGCUGGAGCAGGUCUGACACCAGAGGAGGUGGAGCAGCAGGCCAGGGGAGAGCUGGGGAGACAGCUGAGGGCUGCAGACAGCCAGGAGUUACAACUCAGCAACCUCCUAUCUAGAGACAGACUCAGUGCUGACGGACUGGACCGCAUGGCUCAACUCAGAGCUGACCUGUUGACCCUGUAUGAGCGAGUGAUCCUAACAGACAUAGAGUUCAGUGACAGUCAGAACCUGGACCAGGCUCUAUGGAAGAACGUGUUCUACCAGGUUAUAGAGCACUUCAGACAGCUCCUCAAAGACCCCAGCGGAGACUCAACCCUGCGCAUCACCCCCAUGCUGCUCACUCUGCUGGACGAGGGGACGGUAUUCUUUGAUGCACUGCUGCAGAAGCUUCAGACGGUGUUUCAAUUUAAACUGGAGGAUUACAUGGACGGCAUGGCCAUCAGACCACGUCCACUACGCAAGACGGUGAAGUAUGCUCUGAUCAGUGCCCAGCGGUGUUUGAUCUGUCAGGGGGACAUCGCCCGUUACCGAGAGCAAGCCAGCGACUCUGCUAACUACGGCAAGGCCCGCAGCUGGUACCUGAAGGCCCAGCAGAUUGCUCCUAAGAACGGACGACCUUACAACCAGCUGGCCCUGCUGGCUGUUUACACGAAGAGGAAGUUGGAUGCAGUGUAUUACUACAUGCGUAGCCUUGCUGCCUCCAACCCCAUCCUCACUGCCAAGGAGAGUCUCAUGAGUCUGUUUGAAGAGGCCAAACGCAAGGCGGACCAGAUGGAGCGGAGGAGGAAGCAGGAGUCGGAGGGGGGGUCCAGGGGCCCCGGGGUCCGAGGAGGAGGACGGGGGGAGGAGGGGGCCAGGGUGGAGAUCUGGGUCGGCCCUAUUGGACAAGCAGGGGUUCCAUCAUCACACCGCGGGGGCAGCGAGUCCAGCAGAGACUCUGAACAGGAAGGAGAACUGGGUAACCUCAGCCCUAGUGAUCUCAAUAAGAGGUUUACACUCAGCUUCCUCCACGCUCACGGAAAACUCUUCACUAAAGUGGGUAUGGAGUCGUUCCCUUCGGUGGCCAGUCGGGUUCUCCAGGAGUUCACAGUGCUGCUCCAACACAGUCCCUCCCCUCUGGGCAGCACACGCGUGUUGCAGAUCAUCACCAUUAACAUGUUCACGAUACACAACGCUCAGAGCAGAGGAGGAGACAGUGAGGUGAGAUCUGUGUUACAGGAACAGACUACAGCUCUGGGCCUGGCCAUGUUCUCUCUGUUGGUCCACCGCUGCACAGAGCUGCUGAGAGACACACCCGCAGAGCCCAUCCCAGCGGAGGAGAGAGAAGAGGGGCAGGAGGGGAUGGUGAGAGUUUCUGCCUUUCCAUUGGACCUGAGGGAGCUGCUGCCUAGCGUCAAGGUCUGGUCUGAUUGGAUGCUUGGACACCCCAACCAAUGGAAUCCUCCACCUUGCCGUAUAGACUGUAGUCUUGAUGUGUGGCGUAGCCUGGCAGACCUGUGUAACGCGUUGGCGCGUGUCGACCACGGCGAGGCGCCACUGUACAAGGCGGACGGGGACGGAGGCGAGGGGGAUGAGGAGCUCCGCCUGCUGCUAUUGGAGGAGGACAGGCUACUGGCCGGCUUCGUCCCGCUGCUCGCUGCCCCACAGGAACCCUGCUACGUAGACUGCACCGGGGAUACAGCGAUAGCUGCUGACUGUAAAAGGGUAACAGUAUUGAAGUAUUUCCUGGAGGCUCUGUGUGGACAGGAAGAACCUCUCCUGGCUUUUAAAGGAGGGAAGUACGUCUCCAUGGCAACCUCUCCCCAACCCGGUCGCCCCGGCGACGCACGCAGCAGACAGGACUCGCAGACAGAGAGAGAGAGUGAUGACGUCAUCGUGGAGGCGGAGUCGUCUGUGUCGGACGGUGAUGAUGGCAGUGAGGACGACAUCCGAGAGCUCCGGGCCAGACGCAGCGCCCUCACCAACAAACUGGCUGAGCAACAGAGACGCAGAGACAAGAUACAGGCGGUGUUACAGACGUGUGGUCAGUUGGAGUUAGAGGUCCGUCCUCUUUUCCUGGUCCCCGACACCAACGGUUUCAUCGACCACCUCACCGGCCUCAAGACGCUGCUUCAGUCUGGGACGUACAUUGUGGUGGUGCCCCUCAUAGUGAUAACAGAGUUGGAUGGUCUGGCAAAGGGGCAGGAGAGCUGCGAUGGCUCUGGCAGUGGGCGUGGUGGCAGUGGCAGUCGUGGAAACGCCGGUGGUGGUGGACCGACCCACGCCCGGUCGGUCCAGGAGAAGGCUAAGGUUGCCGUGGCGUUUCUGGAGCGAGGGUUCGAGGCCAGGGAGCCCUGUCUCAGAGCGCUGACCAGCAGAGGAAGUCAACUGGAGUCUAUCGCCUUCCGCAGCGAAGACACCUCCGGACAACAGGGAAACAAUGAUGAUGUAAUCUUGUCCUGCUGUCUCCACUACUGCAAAGAUGAGGCUAAGAGCUUGAUGCCUGCACAGACAAACGGUCCAGUGCGUUUGCGUCGGGAGGUGGUUCUUCUGACAGAUGACCGUAACCUGCGGGUCAAAGCCCUGACCAGGAAUGUGCCGGUCAGAGACAUCCCCGCAUUCCUCACCUGGGCCAAAGUGGGCUGAACCGGGUCACACACAGACCACGCCCAGAGCACCCAGACAACCAAUCAACUGCUGAUAACCGCUGGCCACCUCCCACACCACCUUGGAGUGGAGAAGGAGAAUAUACGCUAAUGCAGAAGAGAAGACUGUUGGGGGGAGAGAGAGACGAAGGAGAAACUCAUUUUUUUUGUUUGUGGAAAAGCUCAAAUGAAAACUUUUUAAAAAAGCUUCUUUUUUUUGGAGGAGUGGAAUGAGUUGAAUUGUCUGAGAGCUUUUUUCUCCUCUCGUUGUGGUGAGGUGUGUGUGUUAAUAACUGCUUCUCUCAGAGGGAGGGAGGACAGGAGCAGAGAGAGAUGCAGGAAGAACUGCAGAAGAGAGAGCGAGCGAGAGAGAGGAGGUGUGUGAGUGUGUGUUAUUAUCUGGCUUCUCCAUUCCAACCCUUCAUAACUUCUGCAGUGUUCACAAGGCCAGCAGCAGUAUUUACCUCUGUGGAAACGACAGAGAAGAUAGAGAGAGAGAGGUUAGGGCUGAGGAGGAAGGCCGUAGCCUGACUGAAGACUUAUCACUGGAGUGUUCACAAGGCCAGCAGCAGUAUUUACCUCUGUGGAAACGACAGAGAAGAUAGAGAGAGAGAGGUUAGGGCUGAGGAGGAAGGCCGUAGCCUGACUGAAGACUUAUCACUGGCUGGGUGAUUUGUCUGUUUAACUGACAUCUUGUCUGUAACCCCAGAGCAGCACAGAGAGAGGCCCUGUAGUGGCAAGGAGGGAGGCUGUGGUGAUGGGUUACCAGGUUCUGGUGUAUUAGAUAGGGGAUUGGUACCCCCGCCUUAAUCUCCUUGACGCUGAGCCACGCGCUCAGCCUCGGAUGGCCAGGAUGUGGUUUGCAUCCCAGUUGCCCAGCAACAGUGUUGGUACCCCCAGCAGCUUGAUGUUGACAGAGUCAUUUCCAAGUUGGGGUUUCUAUAAAGGAGCAGCUUUAAAAAAGAAAAAUCAAAAGACGAAGAAAAUAUACUUUUUUUCUGAUUUAGCAUUGUGGAUGUGGCGGUGUGUUUUAGUUGGUAUCCAGUGUGUGUGUGUGUGUGUGUGUGUGUGUGUGUGUGAUGUUUAUGCUCUACAGAAGAGCUCGUCUUUCUGCUUACAUUUUUUUCCACCCACAAACCGUUUUGGUUUGUUUAAGUCAAAUAAGAUUUGAAUGUUUUAUUUCAUCAUAUAAUUGAGUUUGUUUCUCUUGGGUUUUUACCACCACCUGUGGGGUAACUCAACAGCUUGUUCAGCUUCUAUUCAUUAUCUAUUUUUCUUCACAUUGAGUAUAGAACUCUGCUGAUCUGAGUGAACAUAUCUAGACUGGCUAGAUAUGUUCAGUAACGUGUGUGUGUGCGUAACACGUUUUCUCGUUACUGAUAAUUGGCGGAUUUUUUCCCCACUCCCUAAAAAUAAAACAAGGUAAGGCGAUAAGUAUAAUUUGCCUCAGCCAAAUUGUCCAGAAGAAUCCCAUUUGCAAAAGAUUGUUUUGUUGAUGUUGAUGGAAAUACAUUUAUCUGGUCCUGCUUAUCGGCCUGUAGGUAAAUGUGCAUAAUUAAGUGGAAUUAAAUUGUUGCGUUCCUUUCCCCCAGUCGUCCUGUCUUCCCACGGCAUACAGAGACCUGAACAUCACCUGUCAGGCAGAGCUGCUGAGACUCUGGUUCGGCUCGUUGCUGGACUGAAGAGCACUUUUUAAAGCCCAGUUAUUAUUACGCAACAAUUCUACAUGCAAUCGCGUGUUAACAGUUUUGAUUGCCACGAUUUUUAUUUUAUUUUUAAAUGACCUAUUUUUAUUUCUCAACUGGUCUUAUUGAAGUGCAUAUGCAACGGUAAGCAGUCUAUCAGCGCCUCACCCACCACCUGGCAACCACCACCCACCAACCACCACCCACCACCUGGCAACCACCACCCACCACCUGGCAAUGUGAGCUGGAGGCGAUAUGCAUUAUGGAAACAGUGCUUUCACACCACUUGACUUUUUUUCCACAUUUUGUUCUUAAAAGCCUGAAUAUAAAAUGGAUUUGAUUUUGUGUCACUGAUCUACACACAAUACCCCAUAAUGACAAGGUGGAAUUAUGUUUUUAGAAAUGAACUAAAAAUGAAAGGCUGAAAUGUCUUGAGUCAAUAAGUAUUCAAACCCUUUUGUUAUGGCAAGCCUAAAUACGUGCUUAACAAGUCACAUAAUAAGUUGCAUGGACUGACUGUGCAGUAAUGUUCAACGUGAUUUUUAAAUGACUAAAUGACUCAUUUCAAGCACAGAUUCAACCAGGGAGGUUUUCCAACGGUUGUCAAAGAAAGGCACCUAUUGGUAAAAAGCAAAAAAAUCAGACAUUGAAUAUCCCUUUGAGCAUGGUGAAGUCAUUAAUUACACUCUGGAUGGUGUAUCAAUACACUCAGUCACUACAAAGAUACAGGCAUCCUUCCUAACUCAGUUGCCGGAGAGGAAAGAAACCGCUCAGGAAUUUCACCAUGGUUACAAGGUUUAAUGGCUGAGAUAGUAGAUAACUAAGGAUGGGUCAACAACAUUGUAGUUACUCCACAAUACUAACCUAAUUGACAGAGUGAAAACUAUUCCAAAACAUCCCAUCCUGUUUGCAAUAAGGCACUAAAGUAAUACUGCAAAAAAAAUUGGCGAAGAAUUUAACUUUUUGUCCUUAAUAUAAAGUGUUAUAUUUGGGUCAAAUACAACUUAUUACUGAGUACCACUCUUCAUAUUUUCUCCCCCCCCCCCCCUGCUUUGGUAGCUUUUUGUGUGUGUGUGGGGGGGGGGGGGGAUAAAAAAGACAGAGUAGAGCUAAGCACAGGAAAAACUCCUAGAGGAAAACUUGGUUCAGUCUGCUUUCCACCAGACACUGGGAGAUGAAUUCACCUUUCAGCAGGACAAUAACCUAAAACAUACACACACUGGAAUUUUACUUAAAUUGGCAAUAAAACUAUGGCAAGACUUGGAAAUGGCUGUCUAGCAAUGAUCAACAAACAACUUGAACAAUUUUUUGUAAUAAUAAGUGCAAAUAUUGUACAAUCCAGGUGUGUAAAGCUCUUAGAGACUUACCCAGAAAGACUCACAGCUGUAAACGCUGAUAAAGGUGAUUCCAACAUGUAUUGACUCAAGGGGGUCGAAUACUUAUCUCAUCAAUAUAUAUUUGUGUUUUGAAUUUUUCUUUGACAAGAGUAUUUUGUGUAGAUCGUUUUUCUUUUUUUUUUUUUUACUAGGCAAGUCAGUUAAGAACAAAUUCUUAUUUUCAAAGACGGCCUAGGAACAGUGGGGUUAACUGCCUGUUCAGGGGCAGAACGACAGAUUUGUACCUUGUCAGCUCGGGGAUUCGAACUUGCAACCUUUCGGUUACUAGUCCAACGCUCUAACCACUAGGCUACCCUGCCGCCCCAUUUUAAUCCCAGUUUGUAACGUCAGAAAACGUGGAAAUAGUUCAGGGGUGUGAAUACUUUCUCUGAAGGCACCCCUGAAAGGUUUUACUUCAUAUUAUGAGGCAUGUCUUACAAAGUUCGACCAUAAACGUGGAGGCAAUUAUUUUAUAAAGACUUCCUCAUUAAAGCCAUUUCUCUCCUAUUCUAUUGGUUUUUCAUAUCAACAAUAGUAUAGUAUAUAUAUAUAUAUAUAUAUAGUACCUAUAUAUAUAUAUAUAUAGUCAUAUUAGCAAACCGUAUUUGACAUCGUUAGAUCCUCUAACAGAGAUGAUGAUCUGAGAUGCAUUGUGUUUACAAAAGUAUGUGGACACCACUUCAAAAUAGUGGAUUUCGGGCUAUUUCAGACACCCGUAUCAAAAUCGAGUACACAACCAUGCAAUCUCCAUAGACGAACAUUGGCAGUAGAAUGGCCUUAUUGAAGAGCUCAGUGACUUUCAACGUGAUGCCACCUUUCCAACAAGUCAGUUUGUCAAAUUUCUGCCCUGGUCAACUGUAAGUGUUGUUAUUGUGAAGUGGAAACGUCUAGGAGCAACAACGGCUCAGCUGCGAAGUGGUAGGCCACACAAGCUCACAGAACGGAACCGCCGAGUGCUGUAGCGUGUAAAAAUCAUCUGUCCUCGUGUAACGGAUGUGUAAUAUGGCUAGCUUAGUUAGCGGUGGUGCGCGCUAAAUAGCGUUUCAAUCGGUGACGUCACUUGCUCUGAGACCUUGAAGUAGUGGUUCCCCUUGCUCUGCAAGGUGGAGGAGGGAUAAUGGUCAGGGGCUGUUUUUCAUGGUUCAGGCUUUUGUGGAGCGAUGGGUAACGAUGCUUCGUGGGUGACUGUUGUUGAUGUGUGCAGAGGGUCCCUGGUUCGCGCCCGGGUAUGGGCGAGGGGACGGUCUACAGUUAUACUGUUACACUCGGUUGCAACACUCACUACAGAGUUCCUAACUGCCUCCGGAAGCAACGUCGUCGGCACAAGAACUGUUCAUCGGUGGCUUCAUGAAAUGGGUUUCCGUGGCCGAGCAGCCGCACGCAAGCCUAACAUGCGCAGUGCCAAGCGUCGGCUGGAGUGGUGUAAAGGUCGCGGGAAUGGAAACGCGUUCUCUGAAGGGUUGAAUCACGCUUCACCAUCUGGCAGUCCGAUGGAUGCCAGGAGGACGGCUACCUGUCCCAAUGCAUAGUGCCAACUGUAAAGUUUGGUGGAGGAGGGAUAAUGGUCUGGGGCUGUUUUUCAUGGUUCAGGCCCCUUAGUUCCAGUGAAGGGAAAUAAUUACAUUCCAGCACACAAUGACAUUCUAGACGAUUAUGUGCUUCCAACUUCAUGGCAACAGUUUGGGGAAGGCCCUUUCCUGUUUCAGCAUGACAAUGCCCCUGUGCACAAAGCGAGGUCCACACAGAAAUGGUUUGUCGAGAUCGGUGUGGAAGAACUUGACUGGCCUGCACAUUGCCCUGACCUAAACCCCAUCGAACACCUUUGGGAUGAAUUGGAACACCAACUGCCUAAUCGCCCAACAUCAGUGCCCGACCUCACUAAUGCUAUUGUGGCUGAAUGGAAGCAAGUCCCAACAUUUAGUGGAAAGCCUUCCCAGAAGAGUGGAGGCUGUUAUAGCAGCAAAGGAGGGAACCAGCUCCAUAUUAAAAAUGCCAUGAUUUUUGGAAGGAGAUUUUCGAUGAGCAGGUGUCCACAUAUUUUGGUCAUGUAGUGUGUAUAUAUCAAACGGUGUUUUCUCACGAAAAUGCCUUUUUUUAUUUGGCAGCUUCAUUACAGGAGUUGCAUGUUUGGUUAAGAUGAAUAAACAUGAUCUAAAUGGGAUUUCUGUCAUUCUGAACACCGUGGGUGAAUGCACUAAAUGGGUUGAUGCAGCCGAUGCAUAAUUCUCCGCUAAAAUUUUCAGAUGGCGUCUUGACGUCAUCAAUUAAAACGUGCCCGGUCACUUUGCCCGGCCCCUACAUUUUGCUUAAGGAAACCCCUGUUGACGCAAACAACUCUUCAGGCAUAUGAACCCGCGUCACAGUACUUUCGCAACCAUACAACGUCCCGCACGCUGUAAACAAAUAUAACAUCUGUGAAUGACAUUUACCUGACGUAAAUGUUUACGUCAUGUCGGCAUGCUGUGAUCGUUUUAUUAUGCGUGCUCACGUUGUGUUACCAGUUCUACAGACCGUCCAGAGUUAGUUAGCCCUCUGUUUAUUACCAGUCUAUAUGACAGGAACACACACGUCUGUAACAGUCUGUUAGCCAAGUCUACGAACAACUACAGAUAACAUUAGUUGAUUUACUCUCGAUCGUUUGGUCUUUACCUUUUGCGUGUGUGUACACUUUUAAUUUAUUCAAGAAUAUUUGGGUGAAACUAGCUAGCUAACUGAAAUCACAGGCCUGCAUGUUCUAGCCUCUCAAUGCUUUUCCAUUUUCUGUUUGAAUAAAGUAUUUGUUUUGAUUCAAA